AGCUGGGGCACAGCUUGACUGGGCAGCUUCUCUUGAAGGAGCAUUCCUGGAGUCAAACCCAGGCGGACGCCUGUCCAUUUUUGUUCCAGCAUCUCUGGCCGCCAUGGCGAUUGGAAAAGGGAUGAUGGCCCAGAUCCAGGCAAUGCUCGACGCCAACUGCGAGGCCAUCACCAAAACUUUGAAGGACGAACUCCAGACAAGUGUUGCUGGGUUGCCAGGCCAGAUCUCCGCGCAGGGCACCGAUCUCCAGCUGAUGAGGAGCGAGAUCGCCGCCCAGGCCACCAUAACCGCCAACCUCGAGACCAAGGGGAGCACAUGUUGUGGCACCAGCGUGAGUUUUCUUCCGUCGGCAGGUUCAUCGUGUCGGCAAGCACUCGAAGGAGGCAGCGCAUGGAGAGUUCAGCAUGACGACGAAGGCGGGGAACCCACCAUCAAGUUCAUCGGGACCUACCCCAGGCCGCUGCUGAUGAAGACCAGGAUGGCUCAUUGGCAACAGCUACAGUCGCUCUUCCCCGAGCUCAAGGACGAGUCCACGGUCACCCCCAUCUUCCACGGGGUUAGCCAGGUGUACAAGUUGAAGUUCACCCGGGCUGCUGAUGCCCAGAUCUUUCAGCUCAAGUUGAACCAGACAUGCAUGGAGUGGGUCGAUUUCCGCGGCAAAAGCAGGCACAGCAUCAGGGUGCGAGGCGACCACCCCUUCACGUAAGGCAGAAGAAGCGGGCCUUCUCAGGCCUCUAUUGCGACAUCCCCGAGGAGUGCAAUAAGUCCGCUCACUGGAACAGCGAGUGCAGGCUCGGCGUCAACCAGCACAAAGGCGAACUGAAAGUGACCGCGGGCGACGACGCCUACGAGCUGAUCAAUGCAGCGCAGCAAGGUGAAGAUACAUUCAAGCUCGAGCCGCUUCAGAGCAACCUCAGCUACUGGGGCGUCUCCGAGGAGCGGGUCAACGGCAUCCUAGAGUCCCUCUGACAGGCCGACGAGCGGGCCAUCGCUCCGAGCCCUGUUUGCAGCUCCCUCCACCCCACCUCCUCUUGCACCAUUUUUGCUCCUAGAGCUUCUCUGGCCGAGCGCGGGGUUUGCGAGGCCAACAUCCCCCCCCCCCCCAUUCCUCCCUUGC